AUGUCGAACGAUCCUAGUUUAAAAGCACAUACAAAUGGAGAAGAUGAUGUUAGUAGUGCAGCGCCAAGCCUUAAAACAAUCGCAGAAUUGAUUAAAUCCGGUAAAGCAAAAAACAUUAUUUUUAUGGCUGGUGCUGGGAUUUCUACUGCUGCAGGAAUACCUGACUUCCGUUCUCCUGGAACUGGUCUUUAUGACAAUCUUGCUAAAUAUAAUUUACCUCAACCUGAAUCUAUCUUUGAGAUCAGAUAUUUUAAAAAAAAUCCUGAACCAUUCUUUGAGUUAGCAAGAGAAUUAUAUCCUUCGAAAUUUUUGCCAACAUUAACACAUUAUUUCAUAAAACUCCUCCAUCAAAAAAAUGUUCUACUCCGUUGCUUCACUCAAAAUAUUGAUACAUUGGAACAACUUGCGGGACUACCUGAAGAAGCCGUAGUUGAAGCUCAUGGUUCCUUCUCUAAGGCUAAGUGUCUUGAUUGUGACAAAUUAGCUGAUCCUAAAUGGAUGAAGGAAACUAUUUUUAGUGGUGUAGUACCAAAAUGUUUGAUUUGUGAAGGAAUUGUUAAGCCUUGUAUUACAUUCUUUGGAGAAAAUUUGCCUCAAAAAUUUUUCCUCCAUAUGAAAGAUUUCGAUAGCUGUGACCUUCUUAUAGUUGCUGGUACUUCACUACAAGUUCAACCGUUUGCAAUGCUGAUUGAUUAUGUAACCUUUAAAACUCCAAGAUUAUUGAUUAAUCGUGAAAAAGUUGCAUGUUAUGAUACAGGAGGUGGGUUUGAUUUUGAUGGAAUUUUUUCACCAAUUCGUAGAGAUGCGUUUUAUGGAGGUAGCUGUGAUGAUGGUAUAUUAGAAUUAGCUGAAUUGUUAGGAUGGAAGGAAGAAUUACUAAAGCUUCAUAAGGAAGGUCAUGAACUAUUGAAAGAGGAAUUUGCUAAAGACUUGGCUGGAGAAAAAGUUGAUGAUGAUGUUGACGCUUUGGCAGCAGAAUUUGGUAAAAAAGUCGGUAUCAGUGAAGAGGAAAAAUCUACUUCAAACGAAUUCAAUGAUAAUAAAGAUGAUGCGAAAAUCGGUAUCAGUAAAGAGGAAAAAUCUACUUCAAACGAAUUCAAUGAUAAUAAAGGUGAUGCGAAAAUCGGUAUCAGUAAAGAGGAAAAAUCAAACAAAGUUAAUGAAAAUAAAGAAGAUACAAAAGUCGGUAUCAGCGAAGAGGAAAAAGCAAACAAAGUUAAUGAAAAUGAAGAUGACGCAAAAAUUGUUAAGAUUGAAAAAGGGGAAGCAUUGGAAGAAAAGCAUAAGGAAGAAACUAAAUGA